GCGUGUACGGAUUAUGCAAAUUAGCUUUAAUGUAGAAUAUAACGGUACUUCGUACUAAUCUCUUGGAACUCCUUUGCACACUCUCAUUAUGGAACAAUGGCUAUGCACGCGUUGGAACGCAUUUGGGGUUUUGACGCCUCGCCUAACUCCUGUUUUAUUUUUUAAAUUCACAGGUACGAAACCGUUUGAAAAGUUGUCUGAGGAACUAUCAAAAACCAGACUGUUGAAUGACAUGAAGAAAAUGUCUCCUGUUGACCAGACCAGUUCAGUCGAGGCCUUUCAUAGUGUGAUGCUCUAUUGGUGUCCUAAGAUGCUGGCCUACUCAUAUGCCGGGAUGAAGUGCAGAUUACAUCUUGCCGCCUUGCACUGGAAUGAGAAUGCUGGUCGAAGUCAUGCAACUAAGGCAGAUGGGACACCUAUGUACCGUAUCAAUUACCCCAAAGCCAAAGAAGGCGGCCACACAGUUUCCAAAGUGUUGACAGCUUGCACAUUCAAUUAUGUGAGAACACUCAUGGAAGAGACAAUGCAACUAGUGUCUGGAAAACAAAAGAUCCGGUCUACCAUCCCAGAACUGGAGGGAAAGCCACCAUUGUGCUCAGGAGUUGAUCGUCCAAGUAAAGCAGAGGCCAUUGAUCAGUUACAGGUACAUCGUCGAUUUUCAAAGGAGUAGAGAUGACAUUGUGAACAUUAACCUAUCUAUUCCUGGAAGGAAAGCUCUCAAACAAGUACCUGUGGCACCCUGUGAUUCCUACCUAUUGUUGGAACUAUUUUGCUCCUGUCAGGAUUCUAUGUACAUGAUACAUCUAUAUGUAAUGUUUGUAGAUUGAUGGAAAAUACAAGUGCUAAUUCAAAUUUAUAUCAUUUGACAUGAAAACAAUUAUGAGAAUUUAACGAAGGAAAAUAUGCCUAAGUCAAAUCUUUUGGGCCCACAGCCAUCUAUUUUUCUUUUUUACCUUUAAUUGGUAUAUUGCACAUUAUUUUCCAUAAUACAUGUAUGUUCUAUGGAAGGCUGAACCAUACAAAAUUACCUGUAUUUGAUAUCUGAUUCAUUGACAUCUUUAAAAUCAUAGUCUUUACAGUGUUCCUUUGCAAUAUACAUUUACACUGUAUGUGUACAUAUUGACAUUGUUUUGACACAUUAUGGCUUGACAUUGAAGCUGGAGUUAAUCUUUGAAUAAGUAUUGAUGCAUUUCCUUUAACUUGCCAAAAUUAGACAAGUUGCAAUAAUACGAUAUGUUCAUUGAGAUUGACAUCAUUUAUAUUUUCAUUAUGGAAGGCUUCAUAAAGAAUUUGGCUGUCCUUCCUAAUUCUUGUUUGAUGAAAUAAGUUUGUGGUGAGCUGCCUGAUGUAUGUUCAUUGCGAGAUGAUCAUAACUUGACUUUUGCCAUCUUUGCAGUGUCGUUCUGCAUCGUUUAUAUAAAUUGUCAUUUCAAGUUGGAGCUUGAUGCAAUUGAAACUGGAGUUUAUCUUCAAAUGGUAUGAACAUGUUUAAAAAUGACAAUUCCCUCUAACUUGCCAGAAAAGUCUUACUCAUGUUGCAAUAAUAUGAUAUAUAUUCAGUGAGAACUCAUUUAUAUUUUUAUCAUAGUAUUUAAUUAGCUAUUGCCAAAUGAAUGAUAAGGGUCUACAAUCAUGUAUGCAUUAGCUGCUAUUUUUCCACCUUGUUUGUAAGAUGACUUAUGCUUUAUAUUUUUAAAAGAUUGUCAGAGUUUUUGAAGUGAUAAAGUUCUGAAUCAUUACUGCACUAACUAUCUCCAGUGGUGAAAACAUGUUUGUCAUUAUAUGCAUUUUAUUUGUAAUUUGAUGAUUCAAAAAGGGGAGUUUUUGCAAGAAAGGUCUCCAGAUUUUGUUUCUCAAGUCAGUUUGAUGGUACAUUUGUUAAAUUUUUGUUGAAGGUGGAAUACUGAUUGUUCGAUAUAAACACUUUUUUUCUAGACUUAGAGCAGUAUUUAGACUAGUAGAUUUACACUAUGUACAUGUAUGUUUAUGUAAAGAUUAUCUGAUUCAAUGGACUCUGAAGUUUAUUCUUAUGCUUUAUUAGGAAGCAGUAAGUACUAUUCAUCUCAAGAUCUGAACCUUAUCAGAAAGUAUGCUUAGAAACUUUUGAUGUUUUAGUUUUUUGUUUGUAUUAUAUGUAAAAAGAAUUAUGUUAGGUGUACUUCAUUAGAUGCUUGGUUCUUUUCAACACCAUUGCUUUACUUGUACUUCUCAACCUCAAUAACUUGACAGGAAUUGUCGAGAUGUUGGAUUAGUUGAAAAAAAAUGUAGGGAUUAUAAAAAAAGUUGUUUGACAGUAUGCUUGGUACUUUUCAACACUUUUAUUGUACGUGUAUAUGUACUCAUCAAUUUUAUUUGCAUUAUUACAGGCCUUGUUUUGCAUUAACAAAAUUAUGCUAGUUAGUACUUGCAGUGGCAGAUCCAGGGGGGGGGGGGGGGGCUUCUGAUCAGUGCCCUCCUUUGGAGAGUCAAUAUUUUCAAUGUGUAUAAUAAUUAUUUCGUUUCUUUUUCUCGUCAAAUUUUCCUUGGGUAAAAUGUGCCCCCUUUUUGGAAAAUCCGGGGUCUGCCCCAAGUACUUGCAUACAUGCAUCUUGUGGUCAUCAAAAUUCAUUGCUGUACAAUUACUUUUCAGUGUUAGUAUCUAUAUCAAAAAAAUUUUCAUAGCCUUUGGAAAAGAAGUUGGUUUCUUGUCAGUCUGUUCUUUUUCUAUAUUGAUGAUUUGAUAUUACAUUUGUUUUGACCAAGACUUACAUAUAUAUUUUGUUUUCAUCGCCAAUAAAAAGUUGUGCAUUUAGAGAAACACAUCUG